AUGGCAUUGCGCAAAGUGCGCAGUAAUUUGGAUCGUUUUUUUGAUAAAAGUUUGACAGACUUGAUCCGUGGGAUCCGAAACAACAAGGAAAAUGAGGCCCGGUACAUCGCAGCAUGUAUUCAUGAAAUCAAGAUGGAGCUCAGACAGGAUUCUGUGUUUGUUAAGGCAAAUGCGAUCGAAAAACUUGCUUAUUUGCAAAUGAUGGGAUAUGACAUAUCAUGGGCAUCAUUCAAUAUUAUUGAAGUGAUGGCGUCAACGAAAUUUACCGAGAAGCGAAUCGGCUAUAUGGCGGCGUCCCAGUGCUUCCAUGAUGGUACCGACGUUUUGAUGCUAACCACCAAUUUAAUACGGAAAGAUUUACACAGUGCUGUAAUGUAUGAGACGGGUAUAGCACUGGGAGCAUUUUCAUGUUUUGUUACGCCUGAUUUGGCUCGAGAUCUCACUGGUGAUGUUGUGAAUCUUCUCUCUUCUAGUCGACCGUAUGUACGCAAAAGAUGUAUAUUGUUAUUGUACAAAAUUUUCCUGAAAUAUCCAGACUCUCUAAGGCCUACUUUUUCACGACUGAAAGAAAAGCUAGAAGACCCAGAUCCAGGUGUACAAAGUGCUGCAGUGAAUGUUAUUUGUGAGUUGGCUCGAAAAAAUCCUAAAAAUUAUCUGACUUUGGCCCCAGUAUUUUUUAGGUUAAUGACAACCUCAUCAAAUAAUUGGAUGUUGAUUAAAAUUAUCAAACUGUUUGGUGCACUGGUACCACUGGAGCCUCGUCUUGGCAAAAAAUUGUUGGAGCCGCUGACUAAUUUAAUCAAUAGCACAUCGGCGAUGUCACUACUGUAUGAAUGUAUCAACACAGUCAUUGCGGUAUUAAUAAGUAUUUCUUCCGGUGUACCUGGUGAUCAUACUGCCAGCAUACAGCUUUGUGUACAGAAAUUGGGCGUACUAAUUGAAGAUUCUGAUCAAAACUUGAAAUAUCUUGGUUUACUUGCGAUGGGAAAAAUUUUGCAAACACACCCUAAAGCAGUACAGGCUCACAAAGAUAUAGUUUUGCGAUGCUUGGAUGACAGAGAUGAAAGUAUUCGCCUAAGAGCGUUAGAUCUUCUUUAUGGAAUGGUAUCCAAACGAAAUAUCAUGGAAAUUGUGCGAAAACUAAUGGAUCAUGUUGAUGCUGCGGAAGGAUCGUAUUAUCGUGAUGAGUUGCUCUCAAGAAUUAUCGCAAUUUGUUCGUACAAUAAUUAUCAAUAUAUUACAAAUUUUGAAUGGUAUAUCUCAGUUUUAGUAGAAUUAACGAAAGUGGAAGGUACAAAACACGGCACAGUGAUAGCUGAGCAGAUGCUUGACGUAUCAGUACGCGUUCAGUCGAUAAGACAUUUUUCUGUAUCUCAAAUGGCUUUACUUGUUGAAAAUGCCCAUCUCCUGCUUGCCGGCAGUGCACAGCAUCGCAGCAAUAUGUGCGAAGUGUUGCUAGCUGCAGCGUGGAUUUGUGGUGAAUACUGCGAGCAUCUUUGUAACGUUCAAGGUGUAUUGGAAGCCAUGCUCAAGGCCAAAAUAUCUAUGAUGCCAGGACAUAUAUUGAGCGUUUACAUGCAAAAUAUUGCCAAGCUUUACGCUGUGCUUCUUGUAAGAGUUGAAGCGGAGAAUGAUUGGGAUGGAAUCGAUAGUCUGGACAAUUUAAUAUUAUCUAAAUUACCUGUAUUUAUUUUAGCUGAUCAUCUCGAGGCACAAGAACGAGCAUGCACACUCUUAGCUGUGUUGAAGAUAAUAGAACGUUUCCACUCUAAUCAUGAAAAAGUCGGUGAAGAUUUUGCAAAGCUUUUCGAAGGUGAAUUAAACCCGGUUGCUGUGAAAGCACAAAAAAAAGUACCGGUUCCUGAAGGAUUAGAUCUGGAUGCUUGGAUACACAAACCAGAUUUAGAAGAUGAAGCUAGUGAACCUGAAAAUGAAGGUGCUUUUGGAAACUCGGUACUGCGUUCAGAGUUUGCAGGUUUUGGUGGUCCACCCAGGUACAGUAGUGAUGAGGAUCGUGAUUAUGGAAAAAAGUUAUCGAAAACAAAAGAAAAGAAGAACGAGCUUAGUGAAGAGGAACUACAAAAACGUCUCAAACAACGGCAAGCUGAAAUUGAGAAUAAUCCCUACUACAUGAAAGGAGAAAUAAAAAAUAAUGCUUCCAAACGAUUAGUACGAACUCCGCUUGGUACGGUAGAAAAGUCUGGGUCGACUCCUGAUUUGCAGAGUCCUUUAGAAAUACCUGGAGUGGUUGGACUCAACAAAUACAUGGAGCAGCAGCAAUCGACGCUGUCAUGGAAAACUGCAAAGAAAGAAAAAAAGAAAGUUAAAGAAAAAAAAAAUAAAGUUGGUAAAGAAAUAAGUUCUAGUGAUGAUGAUGAUAUCCCGGUGAUCCAUCAGGUGAACAGAGAAGAAGGUGAGAUGCCUGAGAAUGCUAAGUCAACUGAUGAAGAAGAAGCCACUGGAAAUGAAAAUGAAAUGGAAGAAAUUUAUAAAGCAUUGGAUGUUAACUUGGAAGAACCUUUGAAAACAGAUGAACAAAUGGAAGUAUCGCAUAUUCAGCCACGACCAUAUGUGUUGGAUUUAUUUGGAUAUUCGCGAACAGAAGCUGCCAAGAGUGCUGAUGCUCUUCAGUCUUACAAUAAUACAUCAUCGUUGGAACGAAGCGAAAAGAAGAAAAAAAAAGUGAGAAAAGCGGGGAAUAAAGGUCAUAGGGAAAAGAGGAAAGAUUUGAAUGGUUCGGGUGCUUAUCAAAGUGAUGCGGUCUGCACCGAAAGAUGGCUAAAUAAUAUGGAAGCCGAGAAUACUGCUACGAAAGUUUUGAAGAAAAGUUCAAAAAGCUCUGUAAAGAAAAAUGAUUCAAAAACUGGGAAUGGAAAAAAGAAGAGGAACGUUAUUGAAGAACCAAUUGAUAAGGAUGUCUAUGAAGCAGCUUCAGGUAUUUGUACCCCAAGCAAUCCUAAUUUGCAUUUCGGUUCGAGUUCAUCGAAUGGAGCCUUAACACCACAUGAAGAUUCUUCUUUACAUCAUGCCACAGAUCAAAUAGCAAAUUUGCGACUGAGUUCUUACAGAAUAUUAGGUGAAACAGAGGACUUGAAAUUGAGCUACGAAACUCGAGUAUCAACCGACGAUGCAAAUCAAAUUGCGAUUGGAAUUGUAUUUUUAAAUAAAGGACAGGGUACAUUACGUCAUCUGGAAAUGAAUCUGUUGGAUACGAUCAAUACGCGUUUAUUACGUGAGGAGGGCAAGUCAUCCAUGGCUGGAAUUCCACUAUCAUUCCAACUUCCCGCCGGCGUUUCCGCUGAGCAUGUUUUCAGAUUUUCAGUGAAAGCAAUCAAUAUGCCACAGAAAUUGAGAGGCAAUUUAACAUUCUUCGUUGAUCGUAAGAGCGGAACUAUUCAAGACAAGCUAGAUUUUCAUAUUCUGCUGCCAGCGGUAUCCUUCCUUGUGCCUGCCACCAUUACAAGUGAGUCUUAUGAUGUGUUAUUGAGUUCGAAUGAUAUGGGAUAUAAAUCAUCUGUACAACUAACUACCAGCCUUCCGUGGAACUCACUGUUGAAGAAAAUUUGCUUCUUUGCUCAUUUUAAUGUGGUUAAACAGAAUGAUACAGCAGCAGCACUCUAUGCUCACACUAUAAAGGCUGAAUCAAUUUGUAUUCUGAUCAAACAACGGGGUGACAAAAUUCAAAUCGACGGUCGUUGUGGUGAUCAGCAAUUGAUUUAUGCAAUUGUCGAUGAAUUACGCGACAUAGUUUCUUCCUGA